AUGGAGGCUGGGGAAAUCGGCGGGGCCCUCCUCUUCGUCCUCGCCGCCGCCGCCGCCGUCGCGGUCGCCGUGUCCGUCGGCGCGGUCGACUUCAGCCGCCCGCUCACCGCGGGCGCGCCGCUCGACUUCCAGGGGGCGGUGUCCUGGCUUAUAGGCGUCCUCGACGGCACGUCCACCGCGGCGGCGGACGUGUACGGGGCGUGGGUGGCGGUGCGGGCCGGGGUGAUCGCGCCGGUGCUGCAGGUGGCGGUGUGGGUGUGCAUGGUGAUGUCUGUGAUGCUGGUGGUGGAGGCCGUGUACAACAGCGUCGUCAGCCUCGGCGUCAAGGCCAUUGGGUGGCGGCCUGAGUGGAGGUUCAAGUGGAAGGCUCUCGGCGGCGCUGACGAGGAGAAGGGAAGCGCCCACUUCCCUAUGGUCCUGGUCCAGAUACCCAUGUACAAUGAGCUGGAGGUGUACAAGCUGUCGAUAGCGGCAGCAUGUGAGCUGCAGUGGCCAAAGGACAGGAUAAUAGUUCAAGUGCUGGACGAUUCCACUGAUCCCUUUAUCAAGAAUUUGGUGGAGCUUGAAUGUGAGCGCUGGGCGAACAAAGGUGUCAAUAUUAAGUAUGCCACAAGAACCAGCCGCAAGGGAUUCAAGGCAGGAGCUCUGAAGAAAGGAAUGGAAUGUGACUAUGCAAGGCAAAGCGAAUACAUUGCCAUAUUUGAUGCUGAUUUCCAGCCUGAACCAGAUUUUCUGCUCCAAACUGUCCCAUUCCUUCUGCACAAUCCGGAAGUUGCACUUGUUCAAGCUCGGUGGUCCUUUGUGAAUGACACCUCAAGCCUGUUGACAAGGGUACAGAAGAUGUUUUAUGACUACCACUUCAAAGUUGAACAAGAAGCAGGAUCAGCAACUUUUGCCUUCUUCAGUUUUAAUGGAACUGCUGGAGUGUGGCGUACGGUAGCCAUAAGAGACGCAGGAGGUUGGAAGGACCGAACUACAGUUGAAGACAUGGACUUGGCGGUUCGAGCAACCCUAAAGGGCUGGAAAUUUGUAUAUGUUGGGGAUGUUAGAGUCAAGAGUGAACUGCCGUCCACUUACAAGGCCUACUGUCGGCAGCAAUUCCGGUGGUCUAGUGGUGGUGCAAACUUAUUCCGUAAGAUGGCAAAGGAUGUUUUGGUUGCCAAGGAUAUAUCACUCGUCAAGAAGUUUUAUAUGCUCUAUAGCUUCUUCUUUGUGAGGAGAGUUGUAGCGCCGACGGCUGCCUGUAUUCUCUUCAAUGUCAUAAUCCCCAUCUCAGUCACAGUCCCGGAGCUCUACUUACCAGUGUGGGGUGUUGCCUAUAUUCCCAUGGUGCUUACCAUAGUCACAGCUAUAAGACAUCCAAAAAAUCUACACAUAAUGCCAUUUUGGAUUUUGUUUGAGAGUGUGAUGACAUUGCAUCGCAUGAGAGCUGCACUGACUGGACUGCUGGAAUUAGAAGGGUUCAACCAGUGGAUUGUGACAAAGAAGGUGGGGAAUGAUCUCGAGGACACUGACGUUCCUUUGCUUCAGAAAACCCGGAAAAGGCUAAGGGACAGUUACAAGGAUGUGAACGUGGUGACGGCAAUUUUCAGAAAGUGCUUUUAUCGGGUAUUGAGUGGGAGGGAUAUGCUGUCAAGCAAACACGAGUCCGAUGCCUCGAAAAACAGGUCUGAUGCUAAUACAGUAACAUCCGACGCUUAUAACAACACUUUGAGUUAA